UGCCGCUCAGCAGUGCCAUCAGUGACCCCAAUCACUGCUGCAUAUCAGUGCAGCAUCAUCAGUGCCUCCUCAUCAAUGCCCACCAGUUGCGCCUCAUCAGUGCCACUUCAUCAGUGCAUCCUAUCAGUGCCACCUAUCCGUACCACCUCAUCAGUGCCACCUAUCAGUGCCACCUCAUCAACGCACAUCAUGCCACCUGUCAGUGUCCGUCAGUGCACAUCAAUGCCACAUAUCAGUGCCCAUCUGAGCUGCCUUUCAGUGUCACCCAUCAGUGCCAGUCAGUGCCACCUAUCAAUGCCAAUCAGUGCCACCUAUCAGUGCUGCCAGUCAGUGCCACCUAUCAGUGCCAGUCAGUGCCGCCUAUCAGUGCCAUAUAUCAGUGCUGCCCUUCAGUGCCUAUCAGUG